UUUAACCAUGCACCUUUCUUCAGUAAUCGCACUUGUCUUUAUGGCAGCAAUCCAUUUGGCAUUUGCUGGGAAUAUUGACGAGGAUGAGAUACAACUUAUACAAGUAUUUAUGUGCUUAAACGAGACAGAGGAAAUGAGCAACCAAAUAGUAGACUGCAUGAGAAAGGCAGAGGGCUUCGAACGUUAUGACCAAAUUCAGAUGGAGUGUUUUAAGGGUCUCGCGAGUCCUCAGUCUGAAGCGAUGAGAGAUUAUAUCUGCGAAAAUUAUUUCGAAGAUGUGUACAAGGGUAUGGUCUGUAUGGAAGAUGAACUAGAAAACGCUCCUGACAAAGAUGAGCUUGUGGAGCAUAUGAAGCCAUCAAAGGAAUGCCUUGAAGAACGCAUGGUUGAAUGGAUGGCAGAGCUAGAAAGCAGCGAAGAAGAUAGUGGCGAAAGUAGCGACGAAAGUGAUUGAACAAAAGUAUCAAAAUAUUGCCGUUUUUGACUUUAGAUUCUACACACAGCAUUGAUUGAUUAUAAGGAAGAUACAGCAUCAAUGAAUAAAAUUUGUUAAUGCUUUUGUUUGAAA